AUGUCCAAGAUCCUUGCAGUCUUUGGAGCUACCGGCCAACAAGGCAGUUCAGUCAUCAACUAUGUGCUGCACGACCCAGAGCUCUCCCAAAAGUACAAGAUCCGUGCUAUCACUCGUGAUGUCAACUCGGAGAAGGCCAAGCAGCUUAAGGGGAAGGUCGAGGUCGUCCAGGGUGACGUACUCAAACGGGCCUCCCUCGAGACAGCUUUGACCGGCGUGCACACCGUCUUCGCCAUGACAACACCUUCCUUCGGCCCCGACGGCUUGGAGGUCGAGUACAACAGUGGCAAGACGAUUGCCGACGUCGCCGUCGAGAAAGGUGCCGAGUACAUUAUUUUCAGCACUCUGCCGCCAGCCAAAGAGAUCUCUGGCAGCAAGUAG